GCUGUCUCUUUUACUUUCCCCACACCUGAAACCUGUACUAUCUUUGCUGUUUUUCGUUACCUGUUUAUGAAACUGAAGCGCAAAACGACGGAUAAUCGUUGCAGUGGCGUUUAUUUGACCCAAUGUACCUCAGAUGGAUUUACGACCUCGGGUAGAGGCGCGAAUUUAGGAUGUCCUCGCGAGCAUCACGCGGCGCAGUGCUACGGCAGCAGGAUGCAUUACAAGCACACCAAGCACCGGAGUGGACAAUACAGAAAGUCCACAAAUCACUUGAUCUGGUUCAUCUGUCUAUGGCUUCACUUACUGCCUCAAGUAAAUGGAGUCUUUAUGUCUGAUACGAAAGCCGUCCUUGUAGGAUGUGAUGACCACUGGACUUUCCAGGGACAGCAGGAUAUUCCUGUGCUCUUUCUGACAACAGUAUGUGUAGACGUACGGAUCCUAUCCCCCGGUGCGUGGACUGCAUUCAGCUACGUGUCGGUCCCCGCACCCCGCUACGAACUGGCCCUGCAGGGAGAUGAAAACUCCCUGUAUGCCUGGUUGUUGGGAGUACGGCAUCAGUUCCCUGUCCAGCUGACCCCUCAACGAUGGUACCACCUAUGUCUGCGAUGGGACGCCCCUCACCAAAGCUUCAGCCUGACAAUACGGCACCACUCGGAAGUGUAUCAGCGCACGGCCAUAGCCCGUGCAAUACCCCCCUCCGGGCGUCUUCUGCUUGGCUGUCGGCCAAAAGACGCCACCCCUGGGGUCAAAACGGCUACGGUGGAGCUCCACCUGUUCCGCAUAUGGGACGAUGUGGGGGAGCACAAUGCCUGCGAAGACGGCUCGGUGGUCGGCUGGGACUCAAGGUUUUGGACGGUCACACGAGCACAGGCUAAAGUUCAAGAUUAUACCCUGCAUUGUGGCCUAGAGCAUCUGCGUAAGAAACGCGAUGCAAUGCAAACUACACCGAAACCGAACACAUCAGAAGGCGCAUCCGGACAAAUACUGUCAUUGACAAAUCCAAGUCCGCUUUUCGCUACUUUGGGCUCCAUAAUUAACAAUGCAAAUCAACUUCUUCAAGAAAAGUCUUCAACUGUUUCUCCAAGCAGUACAUCUGUCAAUACACCCACCCCUAUACCUCAGGGUCAGAUCAAAACCACAACCUCUCCUUCACCAUCACAAACCAGACCCACAUUGAAUUCGUCAAAUGGCAUUGGAGUGAAUAACUCAACCACACGCCCGGCAGUUGUCCCAAAACCCAUUACACCCAUUACAACGCAAGCUCCUCUCACAACGACUACCACCAUCACAGUCCCUUCUCAAUCUCUGAUUGGUUCAGCUGUUAAUACCACAACCAUUAUGUCAAACAUCAUAACCCCAACACCUGCCUCACAGACCUCUAACCAAACAGUCCGGCAAACCCAAAACACAGCUAUCUCUUCUGUAAAGCUUACAUCCGAAAUACUGGCCAAUCAGACAACAGCACACCCUAGCACUACACCUCCUGUCAUGGCUCAAAUAGCCAAUCAGUCAACAGUUGUACGGACAAAGAGGUCUUCUACAUUAUUAACAGGGUCAUUUGUGGCGCAGUGUAACUUUUCUCAGUACUGCGCUGAUCAAUCAUCAUACUACUGGAUGCCUAUGGAGGUGGUUGGAAAUAAUUUAGCUGAACAAGAUAUUGAAACUUGGUUUUUAGGUCUAUUUGAUAUGACUUCCUGCCCUGCAGUCAGUACUACAAUAUGCCAAGCUUUUGUGACGGCUGAGGUUACAUGUCAAGACACAGUGAACAUCCAGAGGACUAAUUGCACGGUGCUUAUACAACUUAACCAGGCUGAAAACGCAUGUGAAAUCGGUAGGCUGGUGGAAAACAAGACAGACAAACAAAUAAAAAUCCUGCUUCUAGGAGAUGUGGAGAGAGUGGGUAAAGGCCUCUGCAUGGAGAAAACCAUUUCAGCCCCUGGUGGUGGUUAUGUGCAUUGCACGUCCUCUAUGUCUUACGAUGAAGUGUGCAAAAUCCAAGGACCUGUCAGCGUAACAUGCUCUUCUGGAGAGAAUGAUAUCAUCCCUAAUGACUUACAGAUACUUAGUGACCAAGCCUGCAGUGUUGCAAACCAGCAGCAAUGUGAUUGUCACAUAUCUGACUCUGAGGCAUAUUUUGCCGUUCGUAUAAACAUUUCGAGCCCCGAUGUGGAUUUCACCUUCAUCCAGAACUCGAUUGUACAGUGGAGCUCUCCCUGCGACAAAAACACCGUUUUAGGGUCUCUGUGCAAUCCUAUUGCCGAAGUUUCACAGAAAUAUCAGGGAAUGCAUCUGGAAUGUUUUGGUGAAGCAGCAAGGCUCUACACCUGCAUGUUAACUCUGCAGCUGUCACCACCACUGGAUGUGUGCAUUGUUAGCACGGCUUUAGCCGAAAUGUGGAAGGAUAGCACCAAUGUAUAUUUUGGUGGGCCUGUGUAUAGAACAGUUAUAUGUCGUUUGCCCACUACCACUGACAGCAACCUUUUGAACUCUACAUUUACUUGGACCUCUGUCAAUCUGAGCACCAGCCAGAUCAGUGAUGUCCAAAACCAGCUUAAAUGUGAUCAGGGUCAGACGUAUGCUGUUCUUUUAAGUGAUAGUUGUGAGAUCUCAUCUGAAUCCCACACUACUCCACCUAUUCCUCCCAGCACAAGCACAGAGAGCGGACCUACAGCCCUAAAUGUCACUUCUCCAUCAGUAACUACAGGCCAGCCACUGAGCAGCCAUACCAACCAAACGGUUACAACAUUCAGCUCUGUCAACACACAGAAUAAUGCUUCGAAUACAUCCUUCAAUACAACAGUCUCAGUAUCCAGCACUCGCUUCACGUCCACUAACAGCACAGACACACUUUCACUCAGUACAACUGGACUGCCACUCAUUCCAUCAGCUAGACUGCCCACUACAACAGACACACAAAGAAAUACAACAAGCACACUGGGAAAUGCAACUCUAACACCAUUCAAUAUAUCAGGACCAUUAGUCAAUACAACAGCCAUACCACUCAAUAAAACAGUCACAACAGCAGUCACAACACUCAAUGCAACAGACAGACUAUUAACUACAACAAUUACACCACAUAAUGCUAGAGUCACCACACCUAAUGCAAUAGUCUCAACACCUAAUGCAACAGUCACAACACUCAAUACAACAGUCACAACACUCAAUGCAACAGACAGACUAGUAACUGCAACAGUUACACCACUCAAUGCAACAGUCACAACACUCAAUGCAACAGACAGACUAUUAACUACAGCAAUUACACCACCUAAUGCAACAGUCACAACACUAAAUGCAACAGACAGACUAUUAACUACAGCAAUUACACCACCUAAUGCAACAUCACAACACCCAAUGCAACAGUCACAACACUCAAUGCAACAGUCAUAA